CCCGCGCCACUGACGGACGAGGAAUACCACGCGGUGGCGGACGAGUACCUGGAGCAGGUCUUGACCAAGUUCGAAGAGCUCCAGGAGACAAGGGAGGACGUGGAUGUCGAAUACAGCGCCGGCGUCAUGAAGAUCGGGUUCCUCAAGAGCGGCGAGUACGUCAUCAACAAGCAGCCACCAAACAAGCAGAUCUGGCUGUCGUCACCAGUCUCUGGCCCGAAGCGGUUUGACUACGUGACCCUUAGCGAGGGCCAGAAUGACAAGCAGGACACGGCGACGGGCGCGUGGGUGUAUCUCCGCGACGGCACGAUGCUGGACGAGGUGCUCGAGUCCGAGACGGGCAUCAGCCUC